UGUGUUUAAAUUUUGACGUGUAUACAUAUUUAAUUACCAUGCCUCCGAAAGCUAGUGGAAAAGCAGUCAGGAGAACCGGAAAACCUCAAAAAAGUAUCCCUAUAAACAAAAUGGACACAAAAAAGAAGAAACGGCGGAAGGAGAGUUAUGCAAGUUAUAUUUAUAAAGUGCUUAAACAAGUACAUCCAGACACAGGUAUUUCGAGCAGAGCUAUGAGCAUUAUGAACAGUUUUGUAAAUGAUAUAUUCGAGAGACUCGCUACUGAAGCAUCCCGUUUAGUAGUAAAUAAUAAACGAACUACAAUUACAUCGAGAGAAAUACAAACGGCUGUUAGACUUUUAUUGCCUGGAGAACUUGCUAAACAUGCAGUGAGCGAAGGCACAAAAGCAGUUACUAAAUAUACAAGUGCCAAAUGA